CCAGCUCUGCCCCGCCCCAUCACCACCUAAUUCCCCACUCCGAGUCCCCAAAUCCUGAAGGCACCCCGCCGCCGCCGGCCAUCUCUCGCCGCAACCCUACCAAUUCCAGCCGCCACCCCGUCGGAGAACCGUAGCCUGCGCUCGCGGCGGACACACGGCAUGGAUGAGCCGAUGUCCAAGCUCACCAAUGACCUAAUCGCGGAGAUCCUCUCUCGCGUGCCCUACAAAUCUCUCUGCAUAUGCAAGUGCGUCUGCCCGGCCUGGCGCGGCAUCAUCGCCGACCCCGCCAACCGGAAGAAGAUGGCGCAGACCCUGGCCGGAUUCUUCUACCGCAUCACGGCCGACUCCGCCGAGCCCCCCGGCCACGCCGUCAACUACGCCGACCUGUCCGCCUUCCCUUGGGCGAGCGUCGCCGAGGCCUACCCGCGCCUGCCGCUGCCGCCCGACAGCACAGACUCCUUCGUCUCCCUCGAGGAUUCAUGCGAUGGGUUGUUUCUCACAAGCAUCCGCACGGGCACCCCUGCUGGGACAUCUCGCUACAUGGUCUCCAAUCCAGCUACAUGUGAGUAUGUUGUGCUGCCUCACUCUGGCUACGCCGGCGACUGCUGUCGCGCUUACCUGGGUUUCGACGGUGAAGUGUCCACUCAAGAGUUUCAUCUGUUUGAAUUUGUGCUGGAACAAUCCCAAUCCCUGGCUGUGAGAGGAGUGAACAUUUACUCUUCAAAAUCUGGUGUGUGGGCAUCGAUGAAAAGCCAAUGGGACAGCGAAGUUAGCCUGUGCUGGGGUCAACCCGGAGUUUUCCACAAGGGGUGUCUGCACUUGCUCAUACGUCAGCGUGGGUUGGCAAUAGUUGAUGCACAAGGGUUAAGAUGGAGAAUCAUUCCACUGCCAAUAUCAGUUGAUCCGAGUUUCGCGGGUUUCAUCGGAAAGUCUGCAAGGCAGCUAUUUUAUAUCGAUUCCGACGAUACUGAAGGACAUGAAUCAAGCACAUUUUCGACUAUAUCAGUUUACGUUCUUGGUGCUGAGAUCUAUAAGUGGGAUGGGACUCACCUGGAUGACAAAUGCAUGCAUUGGAAAUUGUUGCGUAAGCUUUCAAAUGUAGCUCCAAAUGUGUUGUUUCAGCUCGGCUUCGACCUUGAAGUCAUUGGAGUACAUCCACAUGCCAACAUAAUCUUCUUUAUAGCUCAUUGGAACAAUGAACUGAUUGCAUACGAUCUGGAUCAUCAUGAGAGCACAGUUGUAUAUCACGUUGAGCCUAACUACCAGAAGUUUAGGCCUUUUUUCUCUUAUGUGCCCUUGUUUUCCCGCCUACCACUGGAUGGAGGAAUGCGGUUGGCAACUCCAAAUUGAUGAAUGUUCUGCUGAUUAAAAGUUCGACAGUCAUCGGUUUUCAAGAUUCUGUGCUCAAAAUCAAAAGUCCCAGUCCUGCUUUCUUGGGCUAAUCAGAGUAGUUGCCGUGCCUCUACAGUAUCUGCAGUCUGCUGAUCACUCAGUUAUAGAGUAAAAUUUACCAUUUCAGGGUCAUAGUUAGCAGAAUAAUGAUACUUAUUUUUUUCCAGGGAUACUAUGAAACUUUUUGACCCAGUGCUUGUUAAGUUUAGCACUUAGCACAUGCAUAUUUAGCCAGAGUUAAUAUAAUUGUAUUGAUGUUUAGGCUAUCAGUUUAUAGACCUUUUGUGGUCUAACCUAUGUCCUUUCAUACUCACUGCUUAUUUCCUGGCUUCCUGCCUUUAUUAAUUAAGGCUAUACUGCUACUGUUGCAUCGAUUGGUUAUAUACUGCUCUCCGCAUAUAACUUCUAUUGUCAAUAUGUGUUCCGCUGAAUAAUGUGAAGCAUAUCAGCUAUUUAAACCUUGCAUACCCAUUGAACUGUUCUACUCCCUCUUACUAGUAAUUCCCUACGGUUAUAUCCUUAGUCCUCGGACAUUAUUUUGUUAGCACUACACCAAUUCUGUAUAAAUGAUGGUUAUUAGUAUUCAUGUGUAUACUAAUUUAGAGAAUCAUUACCUGGUCUUCUGUAGCCGUCUGCCUUACGAUGAGGCGGCAAGAAGCAGUCUAUGUUGGGUUCUUACUCUGUUUUGAAGACUCAAAUAAACAAUGCUCCACUCACAUGAAACAUUGGAUUAGAUGUUAGCAACUCGGGAUCAGAUGGGUGUCCAUCAGGCUGCAGGUGGAAGUGGGGUUAAAUGGGACUAGCAAGCCCAAAUUGCCUAAAUGGGAUCCCAUUGGAAAGGAAAAAGAUUAAAUGGGCUAUCUCUAUUACCCCAUUGGGACCCCACCAGCCCCUUCUUUCUCCUUCUCGUGGACACACAUAGGAAGAAGGAACAGGCGUGCAGCAGAGGCACUCCCGUCACCGCCGUCGAUGGACGCACACCGGCGCUGCCAAUGGACGCCGCCGCCACAUCCACUCCUCUUCUGCCUUGCACUCAACCUCUCCUGCCCCCCUGCCUCACAGCUUCUCCCGAUCGUGCCCGGGGCUGCAGGUACCGAGCAGGUACGGUGCCGCCACCUUGACGGACUUGAACAUGGUGUCGUCGCCGGCCGCGACCCAGGCCUGCCCCAGCCGUGCUGAUGCUCGUCGGCCUCCGCCGCCGCAUUGUCCCUCCCGUGCUUGAGCAGCCAAGAUCUGACCAUGCUGAGCUCCCCGCCGCCCACCCAUUGCCGCCUCCGCGGCUGCCAUCAGCACCCUGCCCAGGUCCAUGGCCAGCCAGCUAUGACCAGCUCUCCUGCUCCCGACGCGCUACUAUACUAGUGCUGGUGGUGGCUGCGGUCAUGGGGCGGGUCGGCGAGGGAGUGAAGCGUUGGGGGAAGAAGGCAUGUCUCUUCUGGCGUGGGGUGGGGUGGGGCGAGGGAGAAAUCCAGCGGAACCCCCUGGUUUAGUGGAAUCCCACUUACCCCAACUAACCCACCUUAAUUUUACUGGGUUGUUAGUUAUAACCCACUAAAUCUUGGUGGAACUAAGUAGACUUUGGUGGGACGCCCACGGUCAGUCCCACCUGCAGCCUGAGGUGUCCAUCUGCAGACCACAUUGGUUAGCAAUCCAAAACCAUGGGGUUAGUUUGCUUAGUAUACUUACUAGUUUCUAGCUUCCUGUGUGGUCCUUUUCUCACUUUUUUUUCUGUACAGUUUGAAUGUCUGAUACCUUAUCUGUUUUUUCUAAUUAUUUAUUAUAUUGCAGUGCACCGAUUUCAUAGUGAUGUAAGCCCAGAUUAUCCUGUUAAAGAUAGAUUCAGCAGAGGUUGCCUGAUCUCAGCUUAGUCUUCUACCCCUUUCGAGCACAGUUACUGUUUGGAUGCCAAUUCUUCAAGGCAAGGCAGAUGCAUCGGCCAAGCAUCGAUCAGUUCACUUCCAUCAGCAUUUACGUUAGCAUGGCGAUUUCCUUGUGAUCCUUUGCUGGGUGCCCGUAGACCAUGCUGCCCAGGAAACAGUGGGUAUACUCAAAGGCGGUAAUAAUAUUGGGGAAAUUUGGGGACAGAAAUACACUCAACCAACACGAGUCCGCCAGAGGACAAGUGGGAGUUCUGAGUGAGGCUUGAGCCGCUGGCUGCAGAUGACUUUCACCCCGCAGCAUCUGAGCUGGAAACGCUGGAUGGCCGCACCAUGCCGGUGUUUCCAUAUAUUCCAGAUGCAGAUCUGGAGGAAAGUUCAGCCUCUCUUUCUGGCUACACCCCUGAUUCAGAGAAAUAUUUGCUGGUUUCUUAAUAUGACACCUCAUAUUUGGUAAAUAGUGACAGCUUCAGGAAGACCUGUUGGUGACCGCAGUGAAUAGCAGUCAUCCGAUCCCCAUGGCGUUCUUCGUGGCGAACACCACAGCGCAAGACGCGGGUCAGGUUUGCAGAUCCGGUGCACCUAUGAUCCUGAAAGACUAGAACCUUGACAUUUUGUCUUCGGGAACUGAGUUCAGCUUUGACGGAUUGUUGUGUAACUUGGCCACUGUUCAACUCUGACUGUAGCUUGUUGUCUGAACAAGUCAGCAGGAGCAUAGUCUGCACCAGAAGAUUUGGCAAAUAACUGAGAAAUUCUGAUUGAACAUGGAUAUAUUAUUGUUGGAAAGGAAGUCUGUAUAUUCAAAAAGUUAAUGGCAUGAUUGAUAAAGAGAUGUGGGCAUAUACUAUUGUUAUCCUGAUUCUAAGUUCUAGAUAAUACACUUCAACAGCAGAAACCAUAUUAUUCUGUACAUAUAACCACAGUUCACAAAUACAACUCAAACAAGUCCAUCAAGCUCCUGCUCUACAACUACGUCCCUAAUGGUAAUCUGCAGAAGCUCCUCAGCGAGAAAAGGAGCCUGGACUGGGAAUACACAGUACAAGAUCUGUCGGGGCAGCGCUGCGCUGCGUUCCAGCGAUACUACACUGGGAUGUCAAGUGCAACAACAUACUGCUCGACUCGAAGUAUGAGGCAUACUUGGCUGAUUUUCGGCUGGCCAAGCUAAUGAACUGUCCCAAGUCCCAACUAUAUCAUGCCAUGUCGCGUAUCGCUGGUUCUUAUGGGUACACACUGCUCCAGGCAAGUAACUUGUACUAACGUGCAUUUAUAUCCUCUUAUCUUGUACUGUUUCUUACUAUCUUCAGCAUUUAGAACUGUAGACAGAUAGAGUACAUUCAUUCACCAGUUGAUCCUACAGCUCCGUGACUUAUUGGGGUAGUGCUGUUACCUAAGCAAGAAUCUUUGACCUGUGGUUGCUUCUUGUAGUAAGCUUAACAUGGUUCUUCAUCCAUGACCAUGUCGAUAUUUUGUAGUUUAAGCAGGUGACUAAGUAGUAACUGACACUGUUCUCGCUGAAGCACGUUGGCCUCAUGCUGUUGAUUCCAAAUGCCUAGCACAUCACUGUGUUGAUUUGUGUAAUUAUAUUGAAGUGCAGCGAUAGGUACAAACUACAAUUAUUGUUCUACUAAGUACUAAAUAAACUAAAAGAUGAUUUCAGUUUCAUGGCACAGUGGUUUGACAUUUGCCUUUCAUUUCAAAGUAUGGCUACACCUUGAACAUCACCGAGAAGAGCGACAUGUACAGCUACAGCGUGAUGCUCCUGGAGAUCUUGAGCGGGUGGACGGAGCGUCAUCGAGCCGAUGGUCAGCGACAGCCUCCACACUGGAGUGUGCGAACUGCGAAGAAGAUGGGGAGCCACGAGCCGGAAGUGAACAUCCUGGGCCCCAAGAUGCGUGGCAUGCCAGACCAGCUAGUCCAGGAGAUGCCGCAUGCGCUGGGCAUUGCCAUCUUCUGGGUGAAGCUGGCGCUGGAAGGAGGCUGUGGCCUUCCUCAAGGAGGCGAGGAGUGACCUAAGACUGGCAGCGAGGAGGCUGACUAGAGCAUCUUUGUGGUGGAUUCAGUGGCGAAUCUUGUACAAGAAAUGGAGGGACAUCAGGAGAUGAUAUGUGAAAGGAAAAUGAGUAGGAUUUUGAUAAUUGCCUAGCUAGCUUUGGUUAGGGGUUUCUUGUACAGUUUGAGAUGACGUUGUAGCUCAUUUCUGGGGAACUUGAGUGAGAAAUUUCAAUGUUAUUAGUUUGCUCUUGCAAA